CGCAAUUCUGCUUCACCGGCUCAGCUCAACUCCUGGGGAGUCGCCCCAGCGCAACUACAAGCUAGCUUACCUGAGCUGCCUUCUGAUAUAUCCUGUGGAUUCGGUCAUUCUCUAACUCGGUGCAAUUGAUCUCAGUUUUACACGAAUUUGUAGUGAACGUUCUCCUGAGGCUGGUGCUUGAAAGCCCUGCAAGAUGGGUUUCCCACCCCUGCUGGGGCCUUACAAGGUUGCUUUUGCCGACUUUGAGCUGCGACCAGGGGCCAAGCUGCCCAAGCGCGAGGUGCCUGUUGAGAGCGACUACGUAUUCGUGCCCCACGAGGGUGAUGUUGGGCAGGAGUACGUUGAUAUUCAGGAGGGGGGGUCCGACCGGUCGCCCAGCCCUGACCAAGAUCUUGAAGCAAACGCUGACAAAGGCCGGUCGCCCGUUCGGACGUUGCUGAGUCAGACGAGUUUUGAGGAGGACCAGAUGAGGCACGAGUCCGAAUCUCAUCAGCGGAGCGUUCGCGCAUCCGAGGGGAAGGCACGACCGGCAGGGGAGAAGUUGGCGUCUGUUCCGGGGGAGCAGAAAGGGCCUGCGGAAAAGGGGGAGAGCAUCCCCCCCCCGCUGGUCAGAUUCUGGUAUCCGACACAGGAGAAGGCCAAUGGUUCGUGGUUCCUUAGGCGGUGGCUGCCUGGGUUCAUGUACGCGCUGGGGUUUGCGAACGUCGUUUUGUGGCAGAAGACGUUUGUGAAAAGGACACUGAUGUACAUGGCUGGCGCAAUCUUCCACCUGUAUGCAUAUGGGAUCUCCCUUCCAGCGUAUGCUGGUCUGCAGCCUGCGUCAGAGGACAAGAGUGCGAAGGGAAAGUUUCCGGUGGUCAUCUUCUCGCACGGCCUCUUCGCAAUGAGGACCACGUAUAGCGCCUUCUGCUGCGACUUGGCGUCGUACGGCUAUGUUGUCAUUUCUCUGGAGCACCGCGACGGCACCGCCAGCGCAUCUCGUUACGCUGAGGUGGACGCCGAAGGACGUAUUACCCACAAGUACCAGUUCCUCACACACCUCGGCUAUGGCAAGGACGCUAUGGAAGUGCGCCACCGGCAGCUCUUGCAUCGCGUUGCAGAGGUUCGCGCCACACUCGAUCUCGCAACAGCUCUCGACAGUGGGCUUGUUUCCCUGGCCGAUAACGUUGCCGGAACGACCACUUUCGACCCCGCAUGGUUCAAGGGCAAGCUGGAUCUCUCACGUGUUUCGGCGACGGGGCAUUCAUUCGGAGCGGCGACGGCGGUCACGACGUGCGGGCUCGAUAGCCGCUUCAAGGCGUGCGUGGCGCUGGAUUGUUGGUGGGAGCCGUUUGGGGAGGAGGAGUACCGCCGCGCCGCCGGGAAGGCCCCGGUCAUCUCCGUCCACUCCGAAGCGUUCGAGUGGGCGAACCUGCGCGCGUGCCGGGAGCGCUUCACGGCCGCGAAACGGAAAGCCGGGGGCGCGAUCGAGCUGCUGACGAUCCGGGGCACGAAGCACACGAACCAGAGCGACUUCGCUCUAGUUGCGACGGGCUGGCUGAAGCUGCUGGGCAAGCAAAGCGAUGUCGAUCCGGUCAGAGUGCAAGGCGUGUCGAGUCGGGCGGGCCUGCAGUGGAUCCAGUCGAACGAGGGAAUCGACGACGGGGGCGUUGUGCAUAGAUGCAAAGUCGUUGCGGAAGACAGCGAGUUGCUGAUUCACGGCGAACGUUCCGAAGCAGCCCCGGCUGCAAGGGCCAAGGGCAGUUAGCGAUGGUUCGAUGGUUCAUGUAAAGUUAGCUAGCAAAGCCCUUUCGUUGAUGCAACCGUUUGGGCUCAGUCUCUGGCUUAGGUGCCUUCAAAGUUGCCAACAUUGCUCGCAAACUGUACUUUAAUCUGGUAUGCUAAUUGUAGUGUUAGGAAGGAAGGAAGCGGGAAAGAAGAGGUGAUAUGGCGGAGGGAAAAUCCUAGCAUGAAAAAUGACGUUUCCAAUCUUCCAAAAUUGGUUUUGAGACCCUAAGUAAUUGUAACAGCACAUUGAUCUUCACUGCGG